AUGGGCCACGACUUCCAAACCACGAUCAUUCGUGUUCGACGAGAGUGCUGGCAGGGGUGUCUGGAUACUGUGAAGUGGAAGAUACAGACUUUAGCAAAUGAAGCACUGAAUAAAGCACUGCAACCAGGUUUUACAUUGCCCAAUGUGGGUGAAAGUACGUCAGACCCACGAGAUGGCAUCGUCAUGGUGAUUUAUCCCAAACUGAUGGCCAGUGCGUUCGCUGCGAUCCGCGUAUUGCGUGACUUGGGAUGCAAAUUGCCAAUGGAGAUUUGGUUCGUGCCUCGAGAGAUGAGGAGCCAUCCAGCUGAUAUGAAGAUAUUUCACGAGCUAGCAGCGGAUGAUAUGUUGAGUAUUUCCUUCCGUGAGGUGACAGACUUCGCUGCUACGGGAUUCCGAGUCAAGGUGUUCUCAAUUUACCAUAGUCACUUUGAUCGUGUGCUGUUCCUGGACGCCGACAAUGUACCAGUGCGUGACCCAACUUUUCUGUUUGAGCUACAGGAAUUUCAGGAAACUGGUGCAGUCUUUUGGCCCGACUUCUGGCAUCCAACGAACUCGAUUUUCAACAUUCACAGUCAGUCUUUGAUCUGGGAGCUACUCGAUAUCCCGUUUGCCAACAUGUUCGAGCAAGAGAGUGGUCAAUUGCUGGUGGACAGGCGGAGACACGGCUCUAGACUGGAGCUUGUGCGGCAUUAUGCCUUCCAGCGCUCCGACAUCUUUGACCGGAUGAAACUCGUGCAUGGUGAUAAGGAUCUGUUUCGUCUUGCCUGGCUCAAGCAACUCACACCGUUCCACAUGAUCCGACAUCCUCCAGCAAUGGCAGGAAAAGUUGUCAAUGGUAGUUUUUGUGGCAUGACGAUGGUGCAGCACGACACAGAGGGCAACGUGCUGUUUCUUCAUCGUAAUUCAAACAAAUUGACUGGCGUAACCCGCAACGGCGACAGUGCUAACAUGGCCGAAGCUGUUCGGCGUGUCACGGCAAAGCUGGCGAGUAAGAAUCCUUUAGGACGCCAAACACCCAAAUUUAACGAGGUUCAGGACGAGUUGAAAUUAAUUGAAGCCACUCUGGAGAAGACCCAAGAAGCAGAAGAGUCUGAUGGAUUUCCCGACCCAGUCAUUUGGACUCAUCUGCUCUCCUUCAAGAAUACGUCCCGCCGCGCAAAAUACGUCAUUGAGACGUAUAAUUCGAUUUCUGGGUUCUCAAAAGACCAGAACUGCUACGGGCAACACGAGUUGGGGGGAAAUGCAGACUUUUACAUGCAGAAGUUUGAAGAUUUGAGUUUUUCGGGUCUGGAGACGGAUCUGCGUCGAUAUGCGAUGGAAGCUGCAGAUCGUCGACAGCAAAUACUUAAGAAUCCAUGA